AACCCCAAAUCAAAAACCCUAAGACCGGCUCGGUUCUUGCCAAAGCAGAGGAGGGCGGGGAAGAGACAUGGGGGACGCUCAAAUGGAGGAAGGGGACAACCCCCGAGAAAUCGAAGUGGCUCCCGCCUUAAUAGCCGUCCACCCUGCCCAGAGAUCGGUCGCCGUCGCCGUCGGAUCAGACCUCCGCGUCUACGAUCUCACCGGAGAUUCUCCUGUCUCCUUGGUGGAUGAUUCCGCGAAGCCUUUCCAUUCAGAUUCGAUCAGGGCUAUUCGAUAUGGUGCAAGCGGGAAGCUUUUGGUAUCUGCUGGGGAUGACAAAUUAGUCAAGAUAUGGUCCACGGAUUCUUGGCUCUGCAUUGGCUCAGUGUGUUGUGAGAAGAGAGUAAGUUCUGUUGCAGUAAGCAAUGAUGGCCUAUUUGUGUGUUUCGCUGAUAAAUUCGGAGUUGUUUGGGUUGUGAGUUUAAAGGAGAAUGUUGAAAAUCAGGCUUUGCCUGAUAAAAAAGCAGCACCAAUUCUGGCUCACUAUUGCAGCAUCAUCACUAGCUUGGAAUUUUCUCCAGAUGGACGGUUCAUUGUUAGUGCUGAUCGGGAUUAUAAAAUUCGGGUGACUGUGGUUCCCAAGAAUCCUUUGGAUGGGGCUCACGAGAUACAAACUUUUUGCCUGGGUCAUUCUGAAUAUGUAUCCUGCCUAGACUUCAUUCACUCGCCAGAUUAUCCACAUGGGCUUCUUGUUUCAGGCAGCGGUGAUUCCACUGUUCGCCUCUGGGAUGUGACUUCGGGUUCCCUCUUGGAUACUUGCGAAAUUGGAGCUAAGGCAGAACUUUCAGUUACUGAUGGAUUAGAAGAAGAGCCCUGUCAUGCUGUCACAGAUCUUUGCACUUGUUCAAAUGGUACAUCCAUAGCGUUGGCAGUUCAGAGCUUGAAAGGUAUAAUGCUCUUGAACUGCAAUCCUUCUGCUAAAACUCUUUCUAUAGCCAAGGUGGUACUCAUUGAGGGAGAGACAUUAAUUCCGACUAGCUUGGGAACAAGCUUAUCCGAGGGUCUUCUGUGGAUGGUCACCGGCAUCUCCAAGUUGCAAGGUUUCAACCAUUCCUCUUUGGCUCGAGUGAGGGCCGUGUCUCUUCCUGAGGACAAUGGUCGGGAUGCAGAGUCGGUUUUGCUGCGUGACGAUGAAAUCCCAGGAGGCCAGAAACUCCUUGAGAGGUUGCAAGGGAGCGUGUCGAUUGGGAAUGAUGUCUUCCUCGCGGCGGCUGAAGCUUUGAAAACUGCGAUGCGCAGCUUGUUGAUUAAGAAGCAAUACUCGGCUGGGAAGCGGGAAUUCAGGAAGAGAACAAGAAAUGACAGAAAGCUAAAAAAUUGAACAAUUUUGACUAGUGAUAGGGUCCCUUUCUCAUUAGUUUUUUUCAUUUUUUUCCCCAAAGUUAUGAGCAACGAGCAAGAGCUAUUUCUUUGUACUCGUGGCUGCUUAGUUUUGUUGCAGCUUGUUGUACUAAUCAAAUAUGUAAUGGUCUUCUUUUUGUCUGUCAAAUAUAUAAUUGUUCACAUU